CCUCUCGUGGCCCUCUUGGGAGGGGUCUUGGGGUUCCGCCGCCCCGCCGCCGUCGCCCUCGCCGCCGCCGCCGUGGGUGUUGCCCUCGCCGCCGCCCGGCCCCCCCAAGAGCGGCGGGCGGAAAGCGGGCCCGUGCCGCGCCAUGUCCGAGCCAUGGCGCCCGCCUCGGCGACCCUCCGAGCGCGCCCCGCCGAGCGAGGGCUGCUGCUGCUGCCCGCGCUGCUGGGGGCGGCGGCCGCCGGCGGGGGCGGCCCGCCCGCCUCGCGGGAGAGGCAGCUGCCGAGGGUGGCAGGCGGCCCGCGGGGCGAGGGCGCGCGGCCCUGGCAGGCGCGGUACCGGCGCUUCUUCCCCGCGGGCGCGCACGGAGGACGACGCGCUCGACCUGGUGGUCGAGGCCAGGGGCGUCCACGGCGGUGGCGUUGCCAGCGGGGACUCCGGCGAGCCCAGCGACCAUGAGGUGGCGCGGAUCCACGUGCGCAGCGGCACCGCGGCCAGCUUCGUGUUCCACGCCUCGCCCCCGGGCUGGGCCGGCCUGCCGCCCGUGCCCCGCGAGAGGGAGCUCAACCUGACCGUGCUGCUCGGGGACAGGCGCCAGAGCGUGGAGAUCUUCAGCUUCGACUCGCUGCACCUGCCGCCUCAGUCCGAGCUGAAGCACGAGGCGAUCCUGCAGGGCACGGGCGCGGCGCUGUCGCUCGGCACGGGCGCGGCGCCGUCGCUCGGCCUCGCGCGGCAGGGCGGAGGCAGCCUUCGCCAGCGAGCCCAGGCGCGCUCGGCCACCUUCACCUUCAGGUCCGCCUCGAAGUUCGUGGUGCACGCGGCAGCGAGCGGGCCAGUGAGCGGUGGCCUCGUGGACUUCAUGCUGGGGCCUCCCGCCCCGACAUCCCGGACUGCGCCGGCGCCUUGCAGGGCGCCGAGGCCGCCUGGUGCUGCAGGAGAACGAGCCGAAGGCGGACUGCCCGCCGGUGGCCCCCGCCGACGAGGCCUCGGAGACGUCCUCGAGCGCCACGACCUCGACGGCCACCACGGCCACGGCCACCACGGCGUCGACCAGCGUGGCGCCCACCACCACGACGCCGUCCACGGCCAGCCCGACCCCCGCCGCCACCCUCACCGAGAGCCAGACCACCGCGGCGCCCACGUCGCCGCCGCCGCCGCCGGCGACCGGCACGCGGCCGCCGGCGGCGACCAGCACGAAGACCAGCACGGCCGCUGCCACGAGCCAGACCACCGCGGCGCCCACGCCGCCGCCGCCGCCGCCGCCGACGACGACCGGCACGCGGCCGCCGCCGGCGACCAGUACGAAGACCAGCACGGCCGUGGCCACGAGCCAGGCACCCGCGGCCGCGCCUGCCGCGGCGCAGGCGGCGCGGGCGCCUGCGGGAGGCGCCAGCGCGCCGAGGCACAACUGCCAGGCGGGGCUGGCCGUCUGGGAAAUGCUGUGGUCGGACCAGAAGAAGGAGUGGUGCUGCGAGCACGAGCAGCUCGGAUGCGAGGAGACAGACUGCGCGGUGAACUGCUUCGUGGACGGGGUGUCCGCCUCCUGCAGGGACCGCGUGAGCUGGGCCGUGGGGCACCUGUUCCAGGAGGAGAGGACGAGGCCAGCGCAUGCGAGCGGGCGCACGACCUGGUGCUGAGCCAGUGCCCAGGGUGCAGCGAGUGCCCCCUGCGCAGCGCUUGCCCGGGCGCGGCCCCGGAGGAGGGGCGCGGACGGUGGCAGCAGGCACCGCCGCCCGAGCCGCCGCCGGACCCGCGGCCGCCCGAGCCGCCGCCGGACCCGCGGCCGCCGGAGCCGCAGCCGCCGCAGCGGCGGCCGCCGGACCGGCAGCCACGGAAGCCCGCGCAGCGGCCGCCGCAGCGGCAUUCGCCCGAGCCUCCGCCACCGUCGCCGGAGCGGCAGAAGCGGCCGCCGACGACGCAGCGGCAGCCGCGGCAGCCGCCGACGACGCAGCGGCCGCCGCCGACGACGCCACGGCCAGCACCCGUCCCGGGGCACGACCUGCCGGCUUCCGAUGGGGCGGACAGCUACGACUGUGGGGGUUCCGAGGGGUGCGAGGCGUGGACCCCAGACCAGCACGCCUGGUGCUUGACGAAGAUGGGCGUGCGGUGCACCAGGAGGGCCGCUCCCGACGAGAACGGCCCGCAGCUGGCGGGGUGGGACAAGGCGAGCGUGGCCGCCGCGGCCUCGACGUCGCGGCCCCCGGCGCGCCAUGCGAUGGACGCCUCCGCGUGCCGUGCGGGGGCCGCGCGGUCGUACGAGGAGAAGCAGAUGUGCUGCAGGCACUUCGCCCAGGGCUGCCGCGUGCUGUUCCCGCCGUACCAGUGCAGGGGCAAGGAGGCGCCCAAGGAGUGGUCGCAGGAGAAGCAGCGGUGGUGCUUCGGAGGGGCUGGGUCGGGAUAAAUCGUUGCAGAGCCGUCCGAGACGCUCACAGAGCGCUCCUGCACGCCUUGAGA